AUGCGCGUUCUACUAACUUCGACACUCAGUUAUAGCGACAUGGCUGACAGCGAGUUUGAAGAAUUUCGCCGUGUAUUUGAUAAAUUACCUCAACACAUCAAAGCUCCAACACCCUUUUACUCUCUAGUGCCAAAUGUUGGAUUCGAAGAUGUAUCUCCAUCGUCAAAAAGUGAAGAAUCACCCGAAGAGGACAGUAAAUGCGUGGGUGAUGCCGAAGCGAUAAAUUCCAGGUCUUUAUCUCCAACUAACCAAACAGAUGUAACUGACGCACAACGCAGUCCAAGACACACAGGAUUUACGAGUGGAGAAAGAAGGAGAAGAAAACUGCCGGAAAUACCAAAGAACAGAAAAACAAACCUAGUAUCAUGUAAUCAACCUUCAUCUCUUGCUGAUGAACUUGGUGCGGCAACAGGAUGUCUUGUACGACCAGGGCAGCAAGUAAGACCGCUUCUGGUGCUCAAAUGCGGCUAUCUGCUAGACGAAGACUCAAGUCCUGACUCCGAAAGACUCCAAAGUCUUGGGGAUGUUGAUAGCGGACACAGCACUGCACAUUCUCCGAUUGACACAGGACCGAAGAGCCUAUCUCCAACGCUAUUACAACAAAAUGUUUCACCAUCAUCUAGUUGCAGUAUUAGUGGUAUUAAUUUCACGGGUAAUAUGACCACCGUACCCCAUAAUCAUCUAGAAAUGUUGGAAGCUACUCAUAGAGGCCUACACAAAUUUAAUCCGAGGCAUCAUGACGAAAUAGAAGUUGAAAUUGGAGACCCAAUUUAUGUGCAUAAGGAAGCUGAAGACUUGUGGUGUGAAGGAGUUAACUUAAGAACCGGACAGCAAGGUAUAUUCCCAUCUGCUUACGCAGUUGAUAUGGAGUACAACGAUUUUGACCCCGCCAAUGCAAAAGUAAAAAGAGAACGAUAUUUGCUCGGAUACAUGGGUUCAGUAGAAACUCUUGCACAUAAAGGAACGGGAGUUGUAUGUCAGGCAGUUAAAAAAAUUAUCGGGGAUUCCAACGGGGACAUUGGUUCGCAACCAUGUAUUUUAGAAGUAUCGGAUCAAGGUCUACGCAUGGUUGACAGAUCCAAACCAAAUAGAACUACAAAAACGCCAUGCAUUGAUUACUUUUACUCGCUGAAGAACGUAUCAUUCUGUGCAUUUCACCCACGCGAUCACAGAUACCUCGGGUUUAUUACAAAGCAUCCAACAUUACAACGAUUUGCGUGUCACGUGUUCCGGGGACCAGAAUCAACACGACCUGUCGCAGAAGCAGUAGGGAGGGCCUUUCAAAGAUUUUACCAGAAGUUUAUAGAAACUGCAUACCCUGUCGAGGAUAUUUACAUUGAGUAAAUAAAAAUAAACGAACCUCAAUAUAAUCACAGUGAAAAUGCUUUAAUAAUAAUUAUACUAUGUAUAUUCCUAUAACAAAAAGCGUUGAAAAAAAAGGCAUUGUCUUCUUAAGUGAAUAUGUUGAUAAAUACAUCAAAAAUAAAUUAAAUAAUAUUAAAUAUAAAUGAUUCCUUAACACACCUUAGAAAUAAAAUACUAUUUGCUUUAACCGAAUUGUUUGUCGAAGACACUGUUCAAAAUCUUUAAACUCGUCGGAAGGUAUGUCGCUAUAUCUAAACACCACCGAAAUAUAUAAUAUAUCAAAUAAUACCUACGAUAUAUACAUAGUUAAUCAAUAAUGUGAAAUAAGGUAUGGAAAUAUUAUGGAAUAGCUGUUUAAAUUUUGAACAUAUUCAUAAGAGUUUUCUUUAGUAUAAUAAUCAACUAUGACACAAUAAUAAUAAUAGUAUCCAUAGUAAUUUAUACAACAAAGAGCUUUGCAAUUCGCCUUGCUUUAUAUUAAGUUACAAAUUGAAUUAGAUUACUAUAAAUAAAAUAGAUAAAACAGAGUAUUACUACGCCCCAAGUAAGGAAAGUUCUAACUGAAGCAGAACAAUAUUUAUCUGCUAAAUCAAGCCGGGGAUAAGGAUAAAUAAGACAAAAUUAUUGCAAAUAUUUGAUUUAUUUAUGCUUAGUCUAAGUGUUUUGUAUAACAUAUCUUAAAUAAUAAUUAUGUUUGAUUUUAUGUGGAAGACAAAGUAAAUCUCAGACACUGUGAUAACAUUUUAAAUUUUGAGGCUAUGUUAUAACAAUAUCUAAUAAGAUAAAAUAAACUGUAUUUAAAAUGUAACAUCAAUGUUGUCAAUUUAUUGUAUAAUUUUACGUUAUAAUAACUUUUAUCUUACACAUUAUUUACUAAAUUAGUAAUUAACUGGCCUGACUAAGAUUAAAAUUAAUUGUGCAAAAUAAAAGUGACAUUCGAAUAUAGAUAAUGUAAUAUUAUACAAUACAAGAUAUACAAUACGUUGAUACCGAAUUGAUGGAUCUUGAAUACAUCUAAAUUCAUAACUAUUGUUAAGCUAUUGCAUAGCUUCUAUUGCAGGCCUUGAGCGUGGGGACCGAAUCCAGAAAUUCCGUAACGAAAAUAACCUAACACUUACUUACUAGAUCUAUAUAGAUAUUUCUAUGUAUUUUUGUGCAGAAGGUCUCAGGUUCGAGCCUGGGGUACGUCUUGAUUUUUUUAAUUUCUUUAUUUUUUUUAUCACGUUUAUUAAUUUUUAUCAAGCAUUUUUAUUUAAUUUCACCUGUCCCGUUGCCUGUCUGUCAUCAAAUCUUGCAAGUUAAAUUUUACUCACUUGCCGUUUGCUUUUUUUUAAAUUAAUUUUAUCAAAAAGAAAUACUGCAUAAAUAAAAUAAAUAAAUAAUUAUAAAUGCAUAAGUUGAUAAAAAAUUCUAUGCGAUAGCUUUACCGCGGCAGUUCCCGAGUGCCACACAUCUUUUUUUCUAUAGAACAAAACGUUUACACAUUAUUUUAGCAAGUUCACGUGGAUACCGAAUCAUUUACAUAGGUAUUUACUAUGUGAAAUACAUGCUUCUUUAUCUCCCACUAUUAAAAAAAAUUAAAAGGAUUUGCCUGUGUUAGAUUCGAUUCGUAAUAAAUUUGAUUUACGAUUUUGCGGUAUUUGCAGCAUUUUUUUUAUUAUUUUUUUUUAAGUCAGAUACUCAUUAUUAUGAAAAAUAAAAACGCAAUCGAUAGGACAUAAUAACCCCACAAAUAUUAUUUUCUUACAGUGCAAUUUCUCAACUCGCCUAAUAAUAGCUUAAAACUAGAAAAGUAAUAAUUGAUAAGUGUAGUAUUUUUCAAGUCAAUUGAGUUAUUUUAUGUAAUUAAUCAAAUUAUAGUACAUUUUUAGUAACUAUGUUGUGGUAAUAUAAUCUUUUAUUUCCCAACCAAACAAUAUUAUUCUCCAAAUCUCAAGAAUGUUGUUAUUUUAUUCCUUGUGAAGACUAGUCUUAAUAACACCUACGCAAUACCGUAGUACCGUAGUAAGUAAUAUAACUAAAAAUAAUGUCACUAACCGUUAAUACUCACUACAAGUUUAAGCUUUAAGUUUUGUACUUUGAUGGUUUAUUAUUAUUUCAGAAACUUGAAAUAUUUUCAUUGAGGUAAAAUGCUUGGCAAAUUUUCACACCUUGUCGUAAUUAUUAUAAACAACAAUGCAUUUUAUAUUGUAUAAAUAUCCAAAUGAUCGAAAUUUAACUUACAGCCGUGACUUAUAUUGUGUAUAGUGUAAUUAUAAUAAUAUUUAUUUUUCCAUUUCCUGUAGCUAAUAAGCUCAACGUUAUACUUGGCAUUAAAAAUUGUAUUAAUUGGGACUGAA